AGCUACUAAGAAGUCUGAACUUGUUGAUACUGCAAAAUUUUUCGCAAAGCGUUAAUCAGUCAAGGCUUGACUAUACAUCCUAACAGUAGUGAUUCCCUUGAGGAAAUAAUAAAACGGAUUAACUUGUUCAGAAACCUUGAGCAAGCUACGGUUAUUUAAGCAGACCCCCCAUCAAAGUUCAGAGCGAAUCCACCGGGCAAACCAUAUCACAAAAUGUCCCAUGCUGACGCCGUUUUUCAAUCGCGCUCGAAUGGCAUCUCGGCCGAGGGGGUCCGCGAUCAGUAUGCGGACGGUAAGGCUGCGCAAGUUUGGGAGGUAUUCAUCGGCGACAAAAAGUCCCGCACGGAAAACUAUCGCAAUUUUUUAGUGGAGAAGCUGCGCGACAGUGGAUGCAAACGCGUACUGGAUGUGGCAUGUGGAACGGGGGUGGACUCGAUCCUGCUUUUGGAGGAAGGAUUCGAAGUUGUUUCGAUUGAUGCGUCUGAUAAGAUGCUCAAGUAUGCCCUAAAGGAACGCUGGAAUCGGAGGAAAGAACCUAGUUUUGAUAAUUGGGUAAUUGAAGAGGCAAACUGGCUUACGCUGUACGACGACAUCCAACACCUGAUAGGAGACGGCUUCGACGCGGUCAUUUGUCUAGGAAACUCAUUUGCCCAUCUGUUGGAUAGUUAUGGCGACCAGCGCAAACAGAUUCAGGCUAUCGAAAACUUUGAAAAAUGUGUCAAACCAGGCGGUCUGCUGCUGAUUGAUCAUCGGAACUAUGACAACAUAAUGGACACUGGAGCAACCCCCUCAAAGUGUAUUUACUAUAACAGUCGACACACGACCGAUAUCAAAACGUCGGUACUGUACGUGGCCGCAAAACCCACACUUGUCACGAUGGAUUACGUGAUUACUACAGCAAACGGCGAAUCCAAUGAAUUCCGUCUGUCCUACUAUCCGCACAAACUGGCCGUGUUCGAGGAUAUAUUGAAAUCAAUCUUCAGCAACGCAACAUCACACGAAAUCUACGGCGACUUCAAACCCCUCAACAAAGUCACCAAUCCCGCAUUCUACAUUCACAUAGUCGAAAAGAGCAAGUAAACUAGCCGGCCUCUUGAAGUGGUAAUUUUAAUCAUUCAGAUGAAUGAAGGUGAUAAUUAAUAAAAAUAAUACUCUCAA